GAAGAGAGAACCACAAAAAGGGCUUGGGGGAAAGCUGUGGAGUGAGGUGAUAAGGGCUUGUGUCUGAGGAAUUCCGGGUCACUGGAAGCCCUAUCAGGUCUGCAUUUCUUCCUCACCCCCAUCCCCUUCCCUGACACUGGCUUAGUCUUCUGAGGGGCUAGAAGAGAGAAGGACUGAGUCGACUGACACCCUAGAAGACGCUCUGUGUGCCUUCGGAGGUCUUUCUGCCUGCCUGUCCCCAUGCCUCUCCUCCUCUUGUUGCUCCUGCUGCCAAGCCCCUUACAUCCCCACCCCACCUGUGAGGUCUCCAAAGUGGCCAGCCACCUAGAAGUGAACUGUGACAAGAGGAAUCUGAGAGUGCUGCCUCCAGACCUGCCAAGAGACGCAACCAUCCUCCACUUGAGUGAGAACCUCCUGUACAGCUUCUCCAUGGCAUCCCUGGUGCCUUUCACUCACCUCACUCAGCUAUACCUAGAUCAGUGUGAGCUGACCAAGCUCCAGGUUGAUGGGACACUGCCACUCCUGGGGACCCUAGAUCUAUCCCACAAUAAAUUGCAAAGCCUGCCCUUCCUAGGGCAGGCAUUGCCUGCUCUCACUAUCCUGGAUGUCUCCUUCAACCAGCUGACCUCGCUAUCUCCUGGUGCCUUCCGUGGUCUUGGCCACCUCCAAGAGCUCUACCUAAAAGGCAAUGAGCUGAAGACUCUGCCCGCAGGGCUCCUGAUGCCCACACCCAAGCUGGAGAAACUCAGUCUGGCUAACAACAACUUGACUGAGCUGCCCCCUGGGCUCCUGAAUGGGCUGAAGAAUCUCGACACCCUGCUCCUUCAAGAGAACUUGCUGCGCACAAUACCAAAGGGCUUUUUUGGGGACCACCUCCUGCCUUUUGCCUUUCUCCAUGGGAACCCCUGGUUAUGUAACUGUGAGAUCCUCUAUUUUCGUCGCUGGCUUCAGUACAAUGCCGAAAAUGUCUACGUAUGGAAGCAAGGUGUGGAUGUCAAGGCCAUGACCUCCAACGUGACCAGCGUGCAGUGUGACAAUUCAGAUAAGAUUUCUAUCUACAAAUACCCAGGGAAGGAAUGCCCCACCCUUGGUGAUGGAGAUGACGAAGACCUAUAUGAUGACUACACAGAAGAGGACACUGAGAAUGAUAAGGUGCGUGCCACAAGGACUGUGGUCAAGUUCCCCACCAAAGCCCAUACAACCCACAGGGGUCUAUUCUACUCACGGUCUACUGCUUCUCUAGACAGCCUGAUGACCUCCUUGCAUCCAACCCAAGAAUCCACUAAGAAGCAGACCACAUUUCCACCCAGAUGGACCCUAGAUUUCACCACAUUCUCCAAAACUCCAAAAUCCAUUACUGAACCCACCACAAGCCCAACCACCCCAGAGCCCGCCUCAAGCCCGACCACCCCAGAGCCCGCCUCAAGCCCGACCACCCCAGAGCCCGNAGAGCCCGCCACAAGCCCGACCACCCCAGAGCCCGCCACAAUCCUGAUCACCCCAGAGCCCGCCUCAAGCCUGACCACUCCAAAAUCCACAACACUGACCACCCCCAAAACCAUCAUAUUCUUAACUACCACAAAACCCAUCUCACUCUUAGAACCCACCAAAAAAAACAUCCCUGAAUUUGAGAAGCAACCAAAGGUCCGUGGGGUGGCCCAAGGGCAUUUUGACAGCUCCAGAAAUGACCCUUUUCUCCACCCUGACUUUUGCUGCCUCCUCCCCCUGGGUUUCUAUGUCUUGGGUCUCCUCUGGCUGUUCUUGGCCUGUGUGGUCCUCAUCCUGCUGCUGACCUGGGUUGGGCAUGUGAAACCACAGGCCUUGGACUCCGGCGAGGGUGUUGCUCUGGCCACAGCCAUGCAAACCACACAUCUGGAGCUGCAGAGAGGAAGGCAAGUGACAGUGCCCCCGGCCUGGCUGCUCUUCCUUCAAGGCGCGCUCCCCACUUUCCGCUCCAGUCUCUUCCUGUGGGUACGGCCUAAUGGCCGAAUGGGGCCUCUAGUGGCAGGAAGAAGGCCCUCAGCUCUGAGUCAGGGUCGUGGUCAGGACCUGCUGGGCACAGUGAGCAUUAGGUACUCUGGCCACAGCCUCUGAGGGUGGGAAGUUUGGGGACCUUGGGAGAGGCUCCUGUGGACUCUCCUAUUGGGAUCUGGCUGGGGUUGGGUGGGUAAGAAACAUGGGGUCAUGGGGAGGUCUUAAUUCCUUUUCCUGUAUCAGAAGCCCUCUCUUCACACCACAGGCACACAAAUUCAGUCCCAGCAAAGCAGAAGGGAUAGUGACAUGGAGUUGGGUGGGUCACAGAACAAAGCUCCCUAUGCUGCAUGGGGCAUCUAUGCACAAUAGAAAAUCUGGAAAGCAGUUUAUCAGGAUGUGAGCACUGAUUGUGUCUGGAUGUUAUAUAUAUGGAUGGUUUUAUUUUCUUUUUCCCUGUUUAGCAUUUUCUAGUUUUCUACCAUUAUUGUAUAUUAUCUGUAUAAUAAAAAAUAAUUUUAGAGUCAGGA